CAAGCCCUCAACACUGGAGAUAUUUUUACCCCCUCAAUUGGCGUUUAAUUGACACAAGCUUGAUGUAAAGGAUCAAGAGGAUAAAGCCUCUUCUUUUCCCUUCUUUCACCUUCACAGUGCACCUUUCCACUUUGUCACUUUUUCCUUUUUUUUUUUUCUUCUGUAUGCGUUUCUGGGAUACAUAAAGCACUGUUAUCACUUGUGCACCCUUUUUCACGAAACAGCACUAAAGUUCUUUUUUUCCCUCUCGUGGAACUUCAAUUAUACAUUUAAUUAAAAGGAAAAAAAGCAGGCAAGGAUUUUUUUUUUUUUUUUUUUUUUUUUGACGGAAAGUACCGAGAAGUCGCGAUGAGUAAUAUCAAGUCUGACGCUGAGCCAAGCAACAGCGUUGAAGAAGAGGUACGGACACUGUUUGUCAGUGGUCUUCCAGUUGAUAUCAAACCCAGGGAGCUCUACCUUCUUUUCAGACCAUUUAAGGGCUAUGAAGGUUCGCUAAUCAAAUUAACAUCAAAACAGCCUGUCGGUUUUGUUACCUUUGACAGUCGGUCUGGAGCAGAAGCAGCCAAAAAUGCAUUAAAUGGUAUCCGCUUUGAUCCAGAGAACCCACAGACUCUACGGUUAGAAUUUGCAAAGGCAAACACAAAGAUGGCAAAGAGUAAACUGAUGGCUACACCAAACCCCACUAAUCUUCACCCAGCUUUAGGAGCACACUUCAUUGCACGGGACCCAUAUGACCUGACAGGUGCAGCAUUGAUCCCCGCCUCUCCGGACUCGUGGGCUCCUUAUCCACUAUAUGCCACAGAGCUGACCCCUGGCAUCCCUCAUGCAGCAUUCACCUACCCGGCUGCUGCGGCAGCAGCUGCUGCACUUCAUGCUCAGAUGCGCUGGUACCCUUCAACAGAAGCUGCCCAGCAGGGCUGGAAGUCCCGUCAGUUUUGCUGAAGCACGUUUUGUAAAGGUUUAAUACCUGAAGAUUUACUGUUCUUCCCUCUGCCCCAACAUCUGCCAAUAUUUAAGAAUUCUAAGUUAAA